ACACAGGGACACCCCUUAGGCCGAGCACCAGCUGAAGAGGAGGACGAAAAAUGUACUCUGACUGUGAGCUGCGUCUCACUAGAAGAGGUCCUGCCUCAGAUCUCCUCCCCCAGACUGGUUGAGACGCUCCAGUUGUGUUUUGAUACUUUUCUCUUGACUUUUUUAAAAAUUCAUCCUCACUGGAGUGAGAGAGUGAAGACAUUUUGAAGACCCAGAGGUUUUUGCUGUGGGAGCACCUUUACUUGGAGUAGCUGCUAAUAGACGGAGACCUCCAGUCUUUCUUUGUCUUUCCCUGUCUGUGGUGUUUGUGGUGUGUGUGUGAGUGCUUGUCGGUUGGCAUCGGUGAGAGCCGUCUCCCUUCCCUCCGUCAGGAUGUUUGCAGUGAAGCUGCUGCUGGUCCCGCUGGCGCUGUGGGCUCUGCAAGCGUCUCUAUGCCAUGGAGCGUGUGUGGAGGUGGACUCUGACACUGACGCAGUGGUCAAUGAAGGCUUUAAGCUGGGCUGUAUCUCCUGUAAGAUGAGGGGCGAGGUGCCCGCCGAGGCCACUGUUGAAUGGUCCUUCAUGCCCAAAGGGGAGAGCGAGUUCACAAAAAUCUACAGCUACGAGGACCUAAUGAGCGACAUUCCGGACGAGCGCUUCUACGAGCGUCUGGACUGGAACGGCAGCAAGAAGACCAAGGACCUGCAGGAUGGCUCCAUCUACAUCCUGAACGUGACGUGGAACGACACGGGCACCUACCGCUGCAUCUUCAACCGCACCCUCACCUUCACCUCCUACGAGUUCCACACCAACGCCACCAAGAUCGUCCAGCUCAACGUGGUGCCAAGACUGACCAGGGGGAUAGCGUCCAUCUUGUCUGAGGUGAUGAUGUAUGUCACCAUCAUUGGGCUGCAGGUAUGGCUGGUGGUAGAGAUGAUUUACUGCUACAGGAAGAUAUCAGCACAAGGCGAGGAAGCAUUGAGAGAGAGCGCGGCGGAGUACUUAGCUAUAGCUUCGGAGAGUAAAGAGAACUGUGCAAUGGUGGCAGUGACAGAAUAGCACUGGUUAAAGAAUGGCUCCAAAUGACGAAUAGCUCUCGAUAGCCCUUCUCCACUUCACCCCUUCUUCCAGACUUCCAUCAUGACACCAUCUCAUUACCCCAUCCAGGAGGAGCAACCAAGAGGCUUGUCCAGAGAACAGAUGGAUGACAAGUGAAACAGCCAAUGAAAAAGGACUUGUGUUGAAAAGCAAAUAUACAGCACGAGUGUACUAUCGAGCAGUACUAUAAUAUCAAGGAGAGUUGUAAAUACAGUACGUGUGCUUAAUGAUGCAAUCCAAAAUCCUCAUUGUAAUACUGAUACAUUAUAAUAAGUUAGUUCAUACAUAGCAUUGUACAUUAAGUAGAGCUGCAUGUUUACUGAUACAUCAUAACUAAUGGCGUUAAUGUUUCUUAAAGGGUCAUUGUCAGGAUUAUAAAAAGUGUUCUUGUAUGAGAGCAAUUAGAGGUCAGAACUCAACUGCGAUCUUGCCCAAUGGCUUUAGUAUCCUGUCUUGAUCAGACCUUCCAUGGCUAUUUAUGCGCAGGUCCAGACUAGCCUAGCAGUAUAUUCAAAAACAUUCCAAGAAAACUUGAGGUUAUGCAUUCAGGUGAAUGAAAUGAGUACCCUGAGGAAUAGUAGCCUAACACGGUUGACUAGCUGGGAGUAAUGGGUUGUACACACCCAGAACAACUAUUUCUGGUUUGACAGCAUCUGUCUACCUGUUAAAAAGGUUCAUGCUUUAUUUGCUAGAUUUUCCUUAUCAUAUUUACAACAACCAAGGGCUUGUGAUAUUAGCUACCAUUUUAUUGCCAUGGGAAACUACCAUAAUUUGUCCAGUGUGCCUAGAGCAGGUAUGUCUGACUGGUCAAAGACCAAUCCCUACGGAGCAGAAUACAGUGAGCUGCUAUUGAAAAAAAUACUGGACAUCCCUGUCAUUCCUAUUCGGCAGUUAAUUCUGUAUUAUACCUCCAGGGGCAGCAUAACACUGACUAAUGUGGACUGCAAUCUUGCACACAUACUUUCUUGUACAAUUUCAUUGGGAUCUGGGUUUUCUACCUUUGAAGUACGGAAAAGUGAAAGAAUAACUGCCACAAAAGUGAAAGAUAACUGCCACACGUGAACAAUUUGUAAUUAAUUUUCAAGAGUCUAAAUUCCCUUUAAAAGUCCUUGAAGCUGGUUUGGUCAGAUUAGAGAUUCUAGUCACCUUUCACAGAACUACUACAUUCAAUAGCGGAAUAUAUGUUGGGAAAGAAACAACAGGCUUAUCAUAGGGAAUAAUCGACUUCUGCUGUAAUUUAAAAUGUUCACUGAAGAGAGCUGAUCCAGUACACACUACUGUGGAAAUGUUGCUUGCCAAAACGGUCAGCUUUAUACCUUAAUAUAAUUGUCAUGUGAGAAUGGAGUAGGCUUUAUGUCUGGUUUAUUAAAUCAAAACAAUUUCUACCUUGUCAGAUUUCUAUAUUUGGGGAAAUAUUUGUGGGAACUUUUCAGGUCUCUGACAAGACUCUCUUUCACACACACACAGACAGACAAACAAAGACAGAGAGACAGACAGAGUGUAAUAAUACAAUCUGAAGAGCAUAGAGGCAACGGAAGUGUGGGACAGAAAUGGCCUGUUGUUCUGGCAUGCAGUCACAUGUUGUUUGGCUGUCACUGAGCUGUGGCUAACCUCAUGAUAGAGUACCUGACUAGAAACUGGUGAUGUGACAUUUCCAGGGAACUGACGGGCUCACUGGGAGUCAGGAGGAUCAGAUAGCAGAUAAUGUAGUCUGUUGACCGUGGCGUUGACCAUGACCGACUUCGUCGAGUGUCAAACUUUCCUUAUGACCUUUUAAAACCACUCGUAUUAAAUAUUUAAUUGACAAUUUCAAAAUGUACUUUAACAUAAGGUACAAGGUUCCUGAGGGUGGCCUUUACAGUUAAGGGCUCUAUCCUCUGCACAUAUAUCUUCUUCUACUGAUAGCUACGUUGAUGGGAGAAAAUGUACUUUCUAUACCUGUGAUUGUCCCACCUAGCUAUCGUAAGAUGAAUGUACAAACUGCGUCUGCUAAAUGAGUUAGAUGUUUUUAAAAAUGUACGUGUCCUAGCGACUACCAGCCCUACAUUGCAAUCCCCUUCUCUCAAGUCUCCUCUUAAUUUCAUACCAUCUCUGUUAAUAAACAAUAAAAACA